AAUGGCGUCCUCCACUCGCCGGUUCACAACAUGCCUCUUCUCAGCGUCAGGUGUGUUUAAACACCCACGUUUGGCGGUUUCAUCCCUCAGACAUGCCGGGGCAUGUACAGCGACGAUCGUUCACUCUCCCCGGGGGCAGACGGCGGCCCCCCGGAGCCCCUGGAGAUCCCGAAGCCCCGUGACAUUGGGCUCGCUGGCAGCCGCGAGCCGCCCGCACAUCUUCACCAGCCGCUGCUUUCACACGAGCAAGAGGCUUGAAAACAAGCAGGACUUCUAUGAAGUGUUGGGUGUUGACCGCAAGGCCACGCAGAAGGACAUCAAGAAGGCCUACUUUGAGCUGGCCAAAAAGUACCAUCCAGAUUCCAACCCGUCCGACCCAGAUGCCAAAGAGAAGUUUGCCAUGCUGUCCGAGGCCUACGAGGUUUUGAGUAACGAAGUGAAGAGGAAGGAGUACGACACCUACGGGGCGGGAGGCUUCGACCCGAACCGAGCCGGGGCCGGGCAGCAGCAGUACUACAGAGCUGGAAGUGCUAACCUGGACCCUGAGGAGCUGUUCAGGAAGAUCUUUGGAGACUUCAGAGGCGCCCAUGGCUUUGGAGACUUCAGCAGCAUGUUUGAAGAGAGACCUGAGUUUGUGAUGGAGCUCACAUUCUCCGAAGCGGCCAAGGGGGUCAACAAGGACCUGUCCAUUAGCAUCGACGAUACCUGCCCCAGGUGUGACGGCAAAGGCAACGAGCCGGGGACAAAGGUCUCACACUGUCAUUACUGCAACGGCACCGGUGUGGAGUCAGUCAACACGGGUCCCAUCUUGAUGCGCACGACGUGUCGGCGCUGCGGCGGCAGAGGCUCCUUCGUGAACACACACUGCGUGGCCUGUCGCGGCACGGGCCAGUUGAAGAAGAGGCAGGCGGUGAGCGUCCCGGUGCCGGCAGGGGUGGAGAACGGUCAGACGGUGUCGAUGCCGGUGGGAAACAAGGAGAUCCUCAUCACCUUUCGGGUCCAGAGCAGCCCAGUGUUCCGGCGAAGCGGCAUCGACAUCCACUCAGACGUGAACAUCUCGGUGGCGCAGGCUAUUCUGGGCGGCACGACGUCGGCUCAGGGACUCUAUCAGAACAUCAGCAUCGUGAUUCCUGCCAGCUGCCAGGCCGAUCAGGUGAUCCGGCUGCAGGGGAAAGGGAUCCGCCGAAUGAACAACUUCGGCUACGGCGACCACUUCGUCCACCUCAAGAUCAAAGUGCCCAGGAAGCUGACACAGAGACAGCGCUCGCUGAUGCUCAGCUACGCUGAAGAUGAGACGGACGUGGCGGGGACCGUCGCCGGAGUCAAGCCCUCUUCAGGAGGUGGCGCCACCGGCUCCAGUCAGAAGUCCAGCAGCUCCGAGGAGAAACAAGAGGAGCAGAAGGAGGAGGGCGGCUUCUUCUCCAAGCUGAAGAAGAUGUUCAGCUGAGACCUGAGGUGGGGGCGUCGCCACAUGCUUUCUCCAUGACCCAAGGUCCUGAGCCAGGUGUCGGGAACGAAGGAGUCCCAGCGUUACAUCCGCCCUCUCUGCUUCAGCAGCACGCCUCACAUUUACACAGCUGGGACUCAGAGUUGUGGAGCCCGAAAACCACGACGCCUUCUGCAAUGAGGUGCGGAGAGAAGUACAGGAAACACGCUCAGAUGGAGCUGCACGUUUUUCAUGUGAGGAUGAAGGAGCGACGGCUUCGUGACGACUUCAGUGGGAGGAUUCAUGGAAAACUCUUGUCUUCAGCGACUUCAGCUGCUAACAAACAACACACCCGGCCCCAUGCUAGUGACCUUGGAAAUGAAAUUAUGCAUUUCUGUACAUAUUUAUUUUAUCUUGAAGUCACAGUUUAUUGUCCUGCUCGGCAUUGAAAUAACUUUAUUUAAAAGCCUCUGGUUUCGCCGUUUUUAUUGUCACUGCAGUGACUCGUUUUGAACACUAAGCAGCGCUCUUUACUCGCUCGUGAAUCACUGGCGCCACUUGAGUUUCAUCAAUCGGUAGUUAUGUCUAUAAUUGUGGCACUUUAUCGAUAAAUAAACAUAUGUACAUGGCGCGUUCGUUCGCGCUUCGCAAGAGGAGCGAUUAGUUCUGCCAAAUCUGCGCGCGCGCGCUGCGGCUCAAUAAGACAAACACAUGUUUACAUAACUACUUCCUGCGCUAAUCGCGUCUGGAAUUCACUGGAUUAAAAGUCGCCUGCGUGGCUCCGACGCUAAUCAGUCUCAGUGGACUGUGUCUUAUGCUCGUUAUCACGAUUUCUAUGAUCAUAACUGGAUUAGAUGCGGAGAAAAACAGAGAGUUCUGAACAGAGCUGGCAGGCAGAGUUCGGCCUGGGGGCCGUUUGCGGCCGAUGCCUGUAUUUGCGUGGCCCUUUUGACGUCAGACUAAAACUACAACUGAUGUGUUGUAAGUUUUCUGCCUUUUUCUGUUCUUUCUUUUAGUCACCACCACUACAUCAGCCGAAGUAUGGCAUGUUCUUGUUCAAAGACUAAAAUCUUCUUCUUUUCAAUGGCCAUUUUUGUGUGUUUUUCUUGUUGCUCAAAGUAAAGGAAUAUUGAAAAUCUAUUUGGAAAUAAAUUCCCUUUUUAUCUGGAAUGUCUGGUCCAUAGUUUUGUUGAUUUAUAUUCAAAUUGAAUGCAUAUGAAAUGAAAUAUUUCAAUCGGUUUGUAUUUACACUUCUUGCAUUUCAUCUUUUUAGGUUCAUAUUUUUCCUUGUUAAGUCUGUGUUUUUGAUAUUUGUCCGUCACGUUUUGUAGCCAUCGCUGUCCUUCUUUUGAUGGUGAUGUCAGAAAUAUUCUCAGGACUGUUGAGGGGGUUGACAGAGAUUCUGUGAGUGGUGGAGCAAAGAAGUUUGUAACUGAAUCAAUACCAUGGUUGAGCUGAUCGGACUGUAUCUGGACCUCCGUAGAUCCAGCUACUUUUCUACUCGUUUGAGACAU